AUGAGGUUCUCCCUCUCCAAAAUCCUCGUCGUUGCUCUGGCUUCGACUGAGGUAGUUGUUGCCAGUACUUGGUUCAGCAAAGCUGCUUACAACAAGUGGCAUGAGACCGAACUCGAGCGAUGGCUCUCCGAUCACGAUGUCCCCUAUCCCACUCCUGCAGACAGAAAAGACCUCGAGAACCUCGUCAAAGACAACUGGCAGGCUAAGGUGGUCGACCCUGUCGCUACGACUGGGGACAAGACUAGUGAUAGCUAUCAUAGUGUCAAGGACUGGAUCUUUGACAGCUGGUCUGAAUCGUCUCUGAAGAGUUUCCUUGAUCACCACAACAUCCCUGCUCCUCAACCACGAAACAGAGAUACUUUGUUGACUACCGCCCGCCAGCACUACGAUACUGUUGCAAAACAACUGGGAGAGUACGCUUCGUACCCCGGUGACUGGCUCUACUCGACUUGGUCCGAAUCCGAUCUCAAGGAAUUCCUCGACGAGCGUGGUAUCCCUGUUCCACAGCCCACCACUCGUGACAAGCUCAUCGCCCACGUUCGCCGCAAUUCUCGACUGGCCUCUCUCAACGUGUCGUCCGCCGCCUCUGCUGCAAGUGCUUCCUACUCCAGUGCUAGCUCCAUCGCCAGCAAAUCCGCUUCCAGCGCACAAGCCAGCCUUAGUGAUGCUCUGUUCGAUGCCUGGUCUGAUAGCCAGCUGAAAGAAUUCCUUGACACUCAUGGAGUUCCCGUCCCACAAGGCAGCAGGAAGAAUGAACUCAUCGCAUUGGCGCGCAAACAACGUGGGAAGCUCGAAGCAAGCGGUUCCUCGCUUUCUAGCACAGCCGCUUCUGGAUUCGGUGCUGCGACUUCGUCAGCUGGUAAUGAGUUCGCAAAGGCAACCGACGACGCCUCUCUCAUGGCCGAUGAUGCUUUCAACACGGCGGUAGAUUCAUGGUCUGAUUCACGUCUCAAGGCUUAUCUCGAUUCACGUGGUGUUCCAGUGCCUCAAGGCAGCAAGCGGGACGAGCUCUUGAAGCAGGUUCGAUUGAACAAGCACAAGGCUGCAACUGGUUGGUCGGCGUGGACGUUUGACACUUGGACUCUUGAGAACCUCCAGAAGUACCUUGAAGCUCACGGCAAGAAAUACAAGAAGAGCGCCAAGGCCAGUCGCGAUGACUUGAUCAGACAAGCGCAGGACUCUUACGCCUCUGCUUCCAAGAGCGGCGGAACCCAAUACGCAUCCGUCACCAGCUACCUUGCUAAGCAGACAGACUCUGCCAAGGACACCGCUUUUGAUACUUGGUCCGACAGUGAGCUGAAAUCGUACCUCGAUAGCUAUGGUGUCCCCAACUAUCAGGGUUCGACCACCAACGAGCUUCGCGCCGAAGCCAAGAAGCAAUACAACUACUUCAAAUACGGGACAUCGUCUCCUUCGGGAACCAUCUUUGAGCGAAUUAAGAGUGGAUUGCAAUGGGUUCUUGGACAAGCCCAAGGUGCCGGUGCGACUGCGUCUGCGUCUGCAUCCAAAUCGGCCAGCUCGGCAGCCAGCGUUGCCUCCAAGAGUGCCACGAGUGCCAAAAGCGAAUUGUAA